AUGGAUCGCAUUUGCAGCCUGUCGCAGCCAUGUAAGGCCUGCGUUUCUAUGGGAUUCGACUGUACUUUCUUCCAGCCACAGAAGAAGCGCGGUCCAACCGGCCAUCGCGUGUCGCAAAUCCGACAGCAACAGACGCAUCAGCCGUUCCCGAAGAGCCCGCAGACUCCGGACAGUCCCAGUGCUUAUUCCAAUGCUGCAUUUCACUAUCAAUCAGAGCUUCCGCCCCAGGAGGAGAGCCAGACCCGGUUGUCUGCUCCUCCGAUCCAUGAAGGCUCCGCUCAUUGGCCGGUAUCGGGAGGCGACACGUCUGUCCCGGUGGACUUCGCGCCGCACGCGACGGUGUCCGUGCCGCCUGGCUGGAGCGCAGACGGCUCGUCAAUUGAUUCCCAUAGCAACAGCGGGAUCAGUUGGGGCGAUCGAAAUGACGUAGAAUACUGGCUCCCGGAUAACCUCGAGUCCCAGCAGAUGUCCCUUUUGGAUUUUCCCGGCAGCAAUAUCUACCUCCGACCCUCGCUCCCGUCGAUCAUCCAACCCGAUGCCCAUAGUCCCGGGCUACAACCGCCAUCGAUAGAGUCCGUCAAGGUCGAGAGAUCCAGCUAUGAACCGCAACAGCAACCAGGACUCGCUCCGAGCCGCGCGACAUGGCCGGCCUCCAUUGUGGAGGCAAACAUGAUCCCCUGGAUCGACGUGUAUUUCGAUCGCCUCCAUCCAACACUCCCACUGCUGAAUCGCUCCACUUUGUUUAUUCGCAUUUUGUCGCAGGAGCACCGCACGAACGCGCAGUUCGGUUCCAUGUUGCUGUCGCUAUGCGCCUUUUCUCUCACACAACCGAUUGAAAUCGACGAGCGACCUACCACUUCGUCGCGAGCUACCCAAGCCCGAUUGAUGAUGAACGAAGCGACGAAAAUGCGCAGCUCGUCGGAUUUUGGGGAGCAUCCAUCCAUAGAGGCCGUCCUCACUAGUUUCUUCCUCUUUGGUUGUCUUUUCGGCAGCAACCAACACAAUGCCGCGUGGCUUCGGCUGCGGGAGGCGUUAGACCUUGCAGCUACCUUGGGAUUAAACGACCCAGAUUCGUAUCGAGAUCUCCCCAGCGAUGAAAAAGGCCAACGCUUACGGACGUAUCUCGUCUUGUCCAUCACGGAAAGAGCCUACGCUUUGCAGAGGAGACAUCCCAUCACGUUUUGGGGAAAGCCUGGAUUCAGCACGCGGUCGGUUCAGGACUUUAUCCACAGUGCUACACACAGCGUUGUCUCUGGCAUCAUCGUCCACAACGAGAAAGACGCAGAAGGCAUGAUGGGCUUGGCUCGUCUGAUGGAACUGUUCGAUGCUAUUGACGAGGAGGUUGUUGACUGCUGGAAUCGACGCUGCACGAUCAACUCAGGUUACUGCGAACGACUGAGCCAAGAAAAGGCCUUGGACAUCUAUCGAAAUCUCGACCACGUCAGCGAAUCUGAGAGAUAUAAGGGAUAUGACUGGUUCAAACGCAGCAAGUCUGCGCCUAGCGAGGUUUCAGCUGUUCGAUCGACCGUGGGGUUGGCGGAAACACAAAGUGCCGACAUAUUCAUCACGAAGAAGUGGCUGCAGAACCGCGUUUGGGUUCUCUGUUCGACUCAUGGACUGUUGAAAUCGACAUCUGAGCAUCAUGAGCUGUGUUUCGGCUAUGCCAUUACGCUGGCGAUGGAGACACUUAAAAUCUGCCAGUCACUGCGCCUCAGCUCCAUGGAGGCACAUGGCAUAGGCCUGGUUAGUUAA